AUGCUUCCUCCCCUCCAACCGGAAUACGACACGAACGGCGAUCUCGCCCGCCAGGUCUAUUUCAACGCCGCCCUCAUGAAUGAGCGCAGCGGGCUGACCAACAACAACGAAGACCUCGAGUCCCAACAAUCGGUCGUCCGCAUCGUCCUCUUCCCCCUCGUCGUCAAGAAGGGCAAUGAUGUCGGCGAGGGUGACGACGAAGUUGUCGUCUGCCCUGCCCAGGUCCUCAUCGCUCGCCCGCUCAAAGAAAAGAAAUUCUCUGGAAUGAGCGAUCGCAUGUCGGUCGAUGCUUCGAGAUCUGUCCACAGUCUCGCUCACAGCGUUGCCCCCUCGUCAAUGAUGGACAUGAGUAAUGUGAUUUGA